UUUGUUUAUAAAUUAUUAUUGACAUUGCAUUUUUGUCUUUUAUUAAAUAAUUUUAAUUGCGUUUUGUAAAUAAAUUUAGACACAUAAAAUGAGACGGGUGAAAUAAUAGAAUCAAGAUAUACGUGAGUAAUACUCUAUACUCGACGGCCUAUGAGUAUCAAACAUUUCCCGUCUUGCGAAGGCUGCAGUGCUGCACCGCAAGCUUUAAUUGGCAGUGAGGAAAGCAUAGAGCCCACCGUCACCCCAUCUCGCAACCACGUGGACUAUAUGAUUGCCAAUUGCCAUCUAAGUUGAAGCCUUGUUUCCUUUUGGUUUCCAAUUUAAUCCUUCCCUUUAAGUAAAAAUAAAGAAGGAAAAAUAAAAAAGAAACUGUUGAUCCGAACCCAAUCCAGGAUCCGAAACACUUUUAACAUCUUCCGAUCCGCCGGCCUUCUACUCUCUCUCUAUCCUUCUCCGAUGGCGUCGACGAUGGCUGAGAGAACCGAACUGGCGAAGCUUUGCAGGUCCAAGGAUUGGUCAAAGGCAAUUCGAGUUCUCGAUUCACUUCUCUCCAAGAGCUGCCUCAUUCAAGACAUCUGCAAUCGAGCGUUUUGCUAUGGUCAACUGGAGCUUCACAAGCACGUUAUCAAGGAUUGUGAUAAGGCGCUUCAGCUGGAUUCUUCUGUCCUCCAACCUUACAUACUCAAAGGUCAUGCUUUAUCUGCAAUGGGUAAGAAAGUGGAAGCUAUGCAGGUUUGGCAGCAAGGGUAUGACCAUGCUGUUCAACAGUGUGCAGAUCUGAAACAACUAAUGGAGCUAGAGGAACUUUUGACUAUUGCAAGAAAAAAUAGUACCAUUUCUGGUGAUAAUGGUUUUAUGCAGUUGUCUGGGUCUGGGGCUCUCCUUUCUAGAAAUCCUGUUGAAACUUCUGAGAACCAUGAGUCAAAUGGUCGACUUGAACCGUUCAGAAAACCAAAGGACACAGAGAAAGCAGUGAAAGAAAUUAGCAAGGACAAUUGUCAAUCAAAUGGGAGUCAUAAUAAGGUGAGAGAAAAUAGCAAGGACAAUAUCCAAUCAAAUGGAAGUCAUCACAAACAAACGAAUGGAACCUGUGAUAUUCCUGACAAAUUGGGUUCUCGUUCUACAGUAUGUGGUGACGUAAAUGAUAUGUCUGUAGAAUGCAGUGGAUCAUCCGCAGUCACUAAUGAAUCAAGUGAAUCAUCCCUAGUCACUAAUGAACCAAGUGAAUCAUCCAUAGUCACUAAUGAACCAAGUGAAUCAUCCAUAGUCACUAAUGAAUCAAGCGAAUUAUUAGAGACUAAUGAACUAUCAGAGAUUUUGAGUCAGUUGAGUAAUAAAUGCGAAGUUCGUGUUGAAUUGAGUGAUGAUGAUAAGAAAAGUAAAAGAUUCAGUGUCAGCAAGACUUCGAAGACAAAGUCGGUAACUUUGGAUUUCCGAUUGUCAAGGGGGAUAGCUCAGGUUAAUGAAGGAAGAUAUGCUGAUGCUAUAUCCAUCUUUGAUCAGAUUCUCGAAGAGGAUCCAACAUACCCUGAGGCGUUAAUAGGGAGGGGCACAGCAUAUGCAUUCCAGAGAGAACUUGACUCUGCUAUUUCUGAUUUUACAAAGGCCAUAGGCUCAAAUCCAUCAGCAGGUGAGGCAUGGAAACGCAGAGGGCAGGCCCGUGCUGCCUUGGGUGAAUCUGCCGAGGCAAUUGCAGAUUUGACUAAAGCUUUAGAAUUUGAGCCAAACUCAGCUGACAUAUUACAUGAAAGGGGAAUUGUGAACUUUAAGUUCAAGGAUUUCAAAGCUGCAGCUGAAGACCUCUCCUCCUGCGUAAAGGUUGAUAAGAGUAACAAAUCUGCACACACUUAUUUGGGCUUGGCAUUAGCCUCAAUUGGCGAAUAUAAAAAGGCUGAGGCGGCACACAUGAAGGCAAUUCACAUAGACCCUAAUUUUGUUGAGGCCUGGGCUCAUCUAACACAGUUUUAUCAAGACUUGGCAAACUCUGCAAAGGCUUUGGAAUGCCUGCAUCAACUUCUACAAAUUGAUGCAGGGUUUGCUAAAGCUUAUCAUAUGCGUGGGCUGCUUCUCCAUGGGAUGGGAGAGCACAGGAAUGCUAUCAAGGAUCUAUCUGUGGGGCUAACUCUUGAUAGUGGAAAUGUUGAGUGCUUGUAUUUGCGAGGUUCUUGCUAUCAUGCCAUUGGGGAAUAUAAAGAUGCAGUAAAGGAUUAUGAUGCUGCUUUGGAUCUGGAAUUAGAUUCAAUGGAAAAAUUUGUACUUCAGUGCUUAGCCUUCUAUCAGAAAGAAAUUGUAUUAUAUACAGCUUCAAAGCUCAACAGUGAAUUUUGUUGGUUUGAUAUUGAUGGAGAUAUUGAUCCCCUAUUUAAGGAAUAUUGGUGCAAAAGGCUCCACCCUAAAGAUGUGUGCGAAAAAGUUUAUAGGCAACCUCCCCUCAAGGAUUCCUUGAAGAAGGGAAAGCUAAAAACGCUACAUUUUGCCUCAACAAAGCAAACACUUGCACUUCUACAGGCAGCAGAUUCUAUUGGGAGGAAGAUCCAAUAUAAUUGUCCUGGCUUCUUGCCCAAUAAACGUCAGCAUCGGAUGGCUGGCUUAGCAGCUAUUGAAAUUGCACAAAAAAUUUCAAGAGUUUGGCGUACUAUACAAGUAGAAUGGAAACAUUUACAUAAAGGCACAUCUAAAAGUGGCAAGAGAGCCCGGAGGAAGGAAAGGAUAAAUCCUCCUAGCCGAAACAGAGGUGGUGCUGGUUGUAGUACUAGCAGUUUCUCAGAAACAUCUUCAUAUGGAACAACAGAUGACAGACCAGCUGGACGCCCUACAAUGUCAUGGCAAGAUUUGUAUUCUUUAGCUGUUAAAUGGAGACAAAUAUCUGAACCAUGUGAUCCAGUUGUCUGGAUAAACAAAUUAAGUGAGGAAUUCAUUUCUGGAUUUGGGUCUCACACUCCCCUCAUUCUUGGGCAAGCCAAAGUGGCUCGCUAUUAUCCAAAUUUUGAGAGAACACUGAAUGCUGCCAAAGCAGUCAUAAAGGAGAACAAGUCUGUAUUUGACAAGAACGACAACAUUCUUGAUCUUUCUGAGAAUGGGAAAUUGCAGGAGAUCAUGAGUGCUGAAUCUUGCCAUGAUCUUUAUAGAGUUAUUGGUGAGGACUUUUGGUUGGCCACCUGGUGCCACAGCAUGGCAUUUGAGGGGAAGCGCCUUGAAGGGACAAGAAUCACAGUAGUAAAAAUGGGUGAAGUUGGAUAUGACUUUUCAAUAAGAACACCAAGUACACCUGCGAGGUGGGAUGCCUUUGACACGGAAAUGACAUCAGCCUGGGAGGCAUUAUGUGAUGUUUACUGCGGUGAGACAUAUGGUUCAACUAAACUUGAAGCACUAGAAAAUGUCAGAGAUGCAAUCUUGAGAAUGACAUUCUACUGGUAUAAUUUCAUGCCACUCUCCAGAGGAUCUGCUGUUGUCGGGUUUGUGGUUCUGCUUGGCCUUCUACUCGCCGCGAAUAUGGAAUUCACAGGGAGCAUUCCAGAAGGUCUGCAGGUGGAUUGGGAAGCAAUCCUGGAGUCUGAUCCUAGCUCCUUUAUAUCUUCUGUAAAGAAAUGGUUGUACCCAGCCCUGAAGGUGAAUACAUCCUGGAAAGGCUACGCAGAUGUGUCGUCGACAUUCGAGAUGACGGGAUCGGUUGUCGCCGCUCUAAGUUACUCUUCAGACUGAGCUGCUAUUAACAAGAUUAAGCUAGACUUUUUUUUUCUUUUAAAUUUUAUUUUUUAUGAGUAGAUGUGACAGUCAAAGCACACAGACACACACAUACUAGAGAUAGGGUCUGAGCAAAGGCAACAUUUGACAAAAAACACCAAUGCGAAUUGUAUCUUGGGUUUAAGUUAACAAUCUGUGUUAUUAAUCUGUAUACAUGUAACCAUAAUAUGUGUACCAUUAUCUCUUUGAUUCAGCA